CACUUCUCGUGUCACAUUCCGCAGCACUUUGCCGCAACGCAAUCAACCAGAAGAUCGAAACGGUACACACCAAGACUUACAAACAAGGAUCAGGGUUCAUAUUACAACACGAACCAUAAGACGCUUCAAGGUAACAGCACCUAACAACAAUAGCGAUAUCUUGCAGGUGACACAGGAUCAUCGGUGAACAAGGAGAAACGUACAAUACAAGCAUUGAAUCAUUCAUUCCAUACUUUCCGUACAGGUUACAAUUCAAGAACAAAACUUAAAACAUGAAGUCCUAUUCCUUCCCCUUAACAAUAUUCGUGCUGAGCUCAUUGGCAUUGAGCGCAUCUGCGGCGGCAUCAGAAGCCUCGCAACCUAGGAAAUUGGCUCUCGACGGGAUCGAUGUACUUGAAAGUAGUAGCGAGCAAGGACUUCUCGGCAAAUGGGUUGUUUCCAUGAAUGAGGGCGCCAGUAAUAAUCUGAAACCCUCGGAUGGCUCCCUGAGACUUGGCAACGAUCUCAAAGUAGAAGAAUCUGAGGAUCUGAGUUCUGCCAUCGAAGACGUUUCAGCCCUCCAGAAAAAAAUGAGCGGAACAAACUUGCGAGGAGCCAACGAUACCUGGAGACGCAACAGAGGAAAAGGUAAAGGCAGUAAGAAGGGCUGCAAGAAGCAGAAAUCUGAAAAAAGCAAAAGUGGUGGCAAGGGCAAGGGCGGAGGCAAGGAUGGAAAGAACUUCGGUUUCAACAGACGAUUGCCCACGAACAGACCCACCUCGAGACCUACGAACAGACCGACUCCCAGCCCUGUGGGGAAUGCCGACGAGAUUUGCCCUGAAGGCUACGAACCCAGCGGUGCCGAGAGUACCAAAACGAAACGCCCCACUCCAUCGAGCAGCCCCACCGAGAUGGAACCCACGGACUCGCCAGCCCCUACUGAAUCGCCAGCUCCUACAACUUUUUCGGACAGAACUCAGGCGCCUUUUGUCCCGGCUGGAAACGAACCACUGUGCGAAGUCUUUCCUGCCUCCAGAACUUCUGAAUCAAUUGCUUUCUGGAGCGAAUCCAAUGCCCAAGGUCGAACGUCCAAUGGAUCCGCUGCCCUAGCGCAAGUUGUUGCAUCACCUGUACAACGCAGCGACACGGACGAAUCCAAGAUUUCGGUGUCGAUUUCGGUCGACAUGACGGCCGGAGCAAACGACGCCGAUGCUGACAUGAAUGGAGACUCGACAUUUGACACUGUCGACGUGGGAUUGCACUUUGACGCGAUCGUCACCGAGCCUAUUGCGUUGUACGUAGUGGGAUGCCCAGAGAAAUCUCUCAAGACGGCCGAAGCUUAUUACUGGAGCCACAAGAACGGCGAUGCAAGAGUCCUUGAAUCGAACGAAUCGCAAUUUGUAUCCCUCAUGAACUGGAACUGUGGUAAGUAAACGAACAUCUUCUUUAAAUUGGGCUUACAUCGUGGGAUCAGGCCUUUUGUUGGAUUUUUCUUUUUCUUACGGCUUGCUUUUGUUCGUUACUUCCUGUAUUGCUUUUGGAACAGACUACGCUGUCAACGAGAACUCGUCUUGCGACAACGGCAACGUUUGUGAAGUAAAAUGCACAACGGUCCUCAACUACCUCGGUGAUCUCGAACGGUUUGAUGUCGAUGAGAGAAUUGCUUGGUCCAUGAAAGAAUACUUUUCCUUGAUGGACGACGUGACAGCGUGGUACCCCAUGCAGCAGAUUGGCACGGUCACUAUUGAAGAGAAAGACACUGACGAUAGUGGCGUUAACGCCAUUGAAGAUUCGAAUUUGUCUCAAGCGAAGCAGAUGAAGGCUGGACCGUUCAUUGGUGCCGCAACCGGAUUGUUGGCGCUCAUUUUGCUCUUGGUGUUGUUUGUUCGUAGACGGAACCGCAAUGACAUCGAGCAGAUUUCUCACCUCAAGCUGGACGAAAGCGCCGACGACAACACGUUCUAUAAUGGAUCGGACGGAAACAGUGAGGGAGGCAUAGCGAAGCACGAGUACAACACACGUGACAUUCACAUUGUAGGAGAGGGAGACUCGGUCAUUUCUCAUUGGACGGGAUACACUGGAAACGUCCGCAGUCCCACCCAGCCAAACAACUACGAUGCUGAAUACAACAAGAGUUCCCUGGUCAAGGGUAUCUCCACGGAUGUCCACCAGUGUUCAUCCGCUACGUGCGAGAUUUGCGCUCUACAACGGCAGGCCGGUCUGAACUUUGUUCCAACGGGGGUCACCGAUAUGAAUGAGUGCCUCCCGGCUCGGGUCCCAUCGCUGCCGAGCGAUGCCUCGAGGGAAUACGCGGCGGAGGACACGGUGGAGCUAUAAGUGAAAUGGCAAACAAUUCAUACAGUCAAUCACCUAAUUGCUUCCGUGAACUCUUCCAUGGACUAGUACGCAAUGGAAUGCCCCAUGUCCGGUACGACGCAACGGGACGCCGUAUCCACUUUAUUCUCUCUGCAUAUUUCUCUGUUCCUUGUCUCGAUGCUGUACAAUACAACCCCUCUACUCCAACCAUCGACAUGUUUACCCUCGUUUUUUCCACAAGUCUCUCAAGAAAUAGAAUACUAUUCAAGCUGUAUCACUAAAAAAUUACGAAAUUA